AUGUACCUUUCAUCUCAUAAAUAGACUUUUUCCUUUUCUUACCACGUAGUUGUGUUUGAAGUUGAAGAACAUUGCUAUGGAAAACAAUUAUCAGGUUCACUCAUCUUUUCGCUUUGCUUAGAGAGAUAAAGAGUAACCAUUUCAAAAAGAAAAGAUCUAUUAAAAGUGACUCGCUUUUUUGUUGCGUAACGCGAUUCAUCUUCCAUCAAUCCGCUUGACUCCUUCAAACGUUUCUUUAAUUUUUACCCCUCACCUUCCCUCUCCCCCCACCCCAAUCAACUAUCUCUUACAUGCCACGUCUCGAGCUCGUCGCGGAAUUAGAAGGCCACCAAGAUCGUGUCUGGCAAGCGAUCUGGCAUCCGACAAAAACCAUUCUCGCGACAUGUUCAGGUGACAAGACCGUACGUCUUUGGGCCCCUGCGUCGCAUUCGGACAUGUCGAGCUGGCAAUGCAUUCAUACACUUGAUGGUGGACACAAACGAACGAUUCGUAGCGUGGCAUGGUCACCUUCGGGUAACGAAAUGGCGACAGCCAGUUUUGAUGCUACGACGGGUAUUUGGGAACACGAUAUGCGAGAAAACGAUUGGGAAUGUGUGGCUACUUUGGAAGGCCAUGAAAAUGAAAUCAAGUCGGUUGCUUGGUCUUCGUCGGGUCAAUUAUUAGCAACAUGUAGUCGAGACAAGAGUGUAUGGAUUUGGGAAGUGGAAUCUGAUAAUGAUUUUGAGUGUCUGAGUGUGCUACAAGAACACAGCCAAGAUGUCAAAAUGGUUGCAUGGCAUCCGCAUCAAGAAAUCCUGGCAUCGGCAAGUUAUGAUGAUACCAUCAAGAUUUGGCGUGAGGAUGAUGAUGACUGGUACUGCUCCGAUACCCUCCAGGGCCAUACGUCGACUGUGUGGGCUUUGGAUUUCGAUGCAUCGGGUGAUCAAAUUGUAUCGGCAUCCGAUGACCAGACAUUAAGGAUUUGGAAAAUGUAUAAGCCGAAUAAUGCACAAGGUAUACCAACGCCAAGCAAUGAUCCGACUUACCGGACGGUAUGCACGCUGUCGGGAUAUCACGGGCGGUGCAUCUAUUCUGUCUCCUGGUCCAAGGUCAACAACCACAUUGCAAGUGCAAGCGGUGACAAUACUAUCCGCGUAUUUACUCAGACUGCCGGAGGAGACGAGCCGGCGUGGGAGGCAGUAGCGACGAUCAAGGAUGCCCACGGCGUCCACGAUAUCAAUAAUGUUACGUGGUUCCCUACGCAACAGCAUGGCGAUUGGCUAGCAACCGCAGGUGACGAUGGUGUUGCCAGGAUAUGGCGGCUCGUUCAAGACGAUUAGAGAAGCAACACCUCUUCCUUCUCUCUUCUUCCUCCAUUUAAGUCACUCUCUCUCUCUUCUUCCACUGUCUAAACUCUCAUUCCCACCAACGCAACUUGUAUAUAUAUAUUCGAAAUA